GAGUCAGAUUAAUAGCAGGAGACAUAGUGCGUGUAUUUUGAGGUUGACCCAUUUCCCCAAAACUAUAAAGUCAAAAUAGAAAUGAAAAAAGGAAUAAAUUGAGAAAAGUCAAGAGAAGAAGAAGAAGAUGGGUUGCUUCGAUUGCUUCGACGGAGGAAGCAAAAGAGAGCAGCGGAGAGAGGAAGAACGAAUUGCCUCCGAAGAAGCUCGUGCCAGAGCUGCUGAAGCCGCCCAAAAAAGGCAAGAAGAAUUUGAAAAAUCUGCUGCAGGAAGAGCAGCACGUGCACAAAUGGAAGCUUCCGCCAAACAAUCAACGAUUACGAACAAAGGAGAAGCAGUUCUUAAGUGGCAGAUGGGAUGAGGAUUAGCUCUCUUUGGAUGACUUCCUCCAUUCACUGCACUAAAGUUCUUAUUAGAGUUGAAGCUUGAUCUCCAACAAUCUGUCAUUGUGGUGAACACUUGUAAAUAUUUGAAGUUCUUACCUAUUCAAUUUAGUGUUUUCUACGAUCUGUCUGUAAACUGAAAUGAGAAUAAGGUGGAUAAGGACAGUUUGUAUUUCCAUCUUCCACCAGUCUAUUUGCUUUUUUUUUUUGUCUCUGUUCUUGUAAGAUUCUCUUGUUUACAGCAAAGUGUUUAGGUGUACUCUUUACUGAA